CCAUUUUCGUUUUCUUUCCCUUUCCUGAUGAAAAUCAACAUUUUCCAAUGGGUUCUUUACCUAAACAAGAGCAGGUGGGAUGCAGGGAGAAGGCUGAGUAUGCGAAUGUGAAAUGGGAUGAACUUGGAUUUGCUCUAACCAAGACUGAUUACAUGUACGUUAUGAGCUUCAAUCAAGAUGAACAACAGUUUUCCCAUUGAACCAUAACUUGCUUCGGCAACAUUGAGCUGUGCCCUUCCUCUGGGAUAUUGAACUAUGGCCUGGUUACAUCUCAUAAAUUGGUGGCAUCAGGGGCUAUUCGAGGGACUAAAGGCGUAUAGGAAGAAAGACGAGGGGAUUCUCUUCUUCCGGCCGGAAGAGAAUGCUCUGAGGAUGAAGAUGAGUGCGGAUAGAAUGUGCAUGACAUCACCAACGGUGGAGCAAUUCAUCGACGCUGUCAAAAAGACUGUCCUGGCCAACAAGCGAUGGUUACCGCCGCAUGGGAGAGGAUCAUUAUAUAUCAGGCCUUUGCUUAUCGGAACUGGUCAAAACCUUGGAUUGAAACCAUCAUCCGAGUACACAUUCUUAGUGUAUGCUUCCCCAGUUGGCAUUUUUAACAAGGGUGAACUGAACUUGAAGGUUGAAAACAAAGUCCAUAGAGCUACUCCGGGUGGUACAGGAGGCGUUAAAGCUGUCACGAAUUAUUCACCGGUUUACAAGCCAUUAACUGAAGCAAAAGCUGAAGGGUUCUCAGACGUCUUAUUUCUGGAUGCAUUGACUAGAAGCAACAUUGAAGAAGGUUCUGUUUGUAACAUCUUCGUUCUCAAGGUAGAACCGAUACGAAUCGGACUAGUUAGUAGAUUGAAUAGUGAAGGACAUAGACACAAUCAUGUGUGUUCAAACGCAGGGAAAUGUUAUCUCAACUCCAAGAGCCGAUAG